CUUCAGUCCUGGAGAAGAUGCUGAAAAUUAAGAGGGGUGGUGUUGAUCUCACAAAAAGCUCGCAUGGGAACAGAAAAGCUAAGAGGGCGGCGACUAUCUCAGAAGAGCCUCUCAUAAGAUCAGGAGGCACAAUCCAGAUCUCAGGUGACUUGCAUAGGCACUUGAAUCAGGAUGUCUGGACUGAGCUCAGUGUUGAAGUUAAAUCAAAUAUGUCGAAAAGUGUUGCCUCACUUGCUGUGUGCAGUGGGGACACACUGUUAUUUGCAUGCUCAGGCAUAGCUAUAGAGCGUGAAGGAUAUGUUACAAAGUUUGUGACCUCACCAAAAUUGGCUCUAGUUUACAACACUGCAAGAUCCAAAAAGAAGCAUGACACAGUAAAGAUUGAGGUGCGCCAUGUGGGCAGUGAAAUUUACCAGGGUUUCUUAGACACCGAUGAUGUAGAUGACCACUUUUCUGUUGUCAAGGUCAAGGCCUUCCUUGAUGUUAAUGUUGGACUUAUUGAGCAUGCUGAGGGGUUUCUGCCUUAUGGUAAGGUGGUAGUUCUAGGGCGUGGCACCUCUGGUGAACUAAUGGCAAAAAGUGUGAUACUGGCUGGUGACGUAAGUUGUUCUGAAUAUAAUGAAGAUACUGUGUUGUCUGUGGCUAAAAUAACGAAGGAUUGGGAAGGUGGGCCACUUUUUUCUUUUGAUGGAAACUUUGUCGGCAUGAACCUUUUUCUGGUUAAGGACAGAGCUUUUUUUCUACCAUGGGGUGUAAUGCUCAAGCAGGUGUAUAACUUUGAGAUUCCCCUAGAGAACAGGCUUGGAGAAGGACCCACACAUGAGAUGUUCAACCGCUAUCAGGACGUUUAUAGAGUUGGUCUCAAGCAUAGUGUGUUUGGGGAUCUUGACAAGAUGGGUUACCCCAAGCUACCAGUAACUAUGCUGGACGAUGGCUUGGUUUUGGUGAAUACUUUUGAAGACACCUUUGGCGACUUAUGGGGUGAAGGUGUCUGGAGGGAACUUGGGAAAAAUGCUUCUGACAUAAAUCGCAUUGUUGUUGCACUUGCUUCCUUCAAUGGUAAAAAAAUGGUUUCCGCAUGCACCGGUUUUUUUAUUCGAUGGAACGGUUCAACAGUCAUUCUGACAUCAGCGAGCCUGGUUAGAGAUAUUGGUGAUCAAAACAAGAUUGUUGAAAACUCGAGGAUUGAAGUAUUGCUUCCAAACAAACAUGUCCGAAAAGGGAACUUAGAGCAUUACAGUCUACAUUACAAUGUCGCCCUAGUCAGUGUCAAGGAUUGCCGUGUUGUCCGACCAGCAAAGAUUCAGGUUGAUUGUGUUGGUAUUUCCCAAGUAGCAGCUGCAGGGCGUUGCUUCAGAACAGGCACGAUAAUGGCUACAAGUGGGCGUCUGGUUUCCUGGUCGGGCAGGCUUGAUUGCAAGUUCAUUUUACGCUCCACAUGUAAAAUCAGUAAGGCUGGGAUUGGAGGACCCCUUUUUAAUAUGCGUGGAGAGGUUAUUGGCAUGAACUUCUACUCAGAGAAAAUAGGCACCCCUUUCCUGCUAUGGAAUGAGAUUGGCAACAUCCUGGCGUAUUUCAAGGAAAAGAGUGAUGCAGGUGAGGUUGCUAAGGACAGUGAUUCCUCUUUCUGGAAAAUGGAUGGGGAUGGCAGAGAUCAGUUAAACAGGUGGCCUGUGCCGAUGCCAUGUUGGCGCGAUCCUGACGAUCCAUCUUGGACCUAUCCUAAUGAUUGGGAUAACAAUGCACCCAGGGAUGAGCCAGACAUUGAAAUCCCACCUGGGGAGGAGUUCAGAUAUGGAUACAUAAAUGGAAAGAGAUAUGGUAACCUUGUACUCGAGUGCUGGGUUCCUGUGACCAAGAGGUGGUGAUAUCUCUCACUGUAUUCAAUGCAGCUGUUUGGGUUGGGGAACACUAUAGAACGAAGUGACCUUUUUAUGCGCCUGUGUUGUGCACUGUUUAGAAGCUGCUGCAACAAUCUCUUGUUCUUGGUUGUCGUAAUAUUAGUCUGUUCUUAGUGAGUUCUUGGGUGUGUACCUACCUAACGGUCCAUGUGUUGCCUAGGGCAACAAAAUUUGUAUAAAAGAAAAGACCUUUCAGGAUGAUGACCGUGGUUCAACACAAAUAUGUCCUUUCAUA